ACAUCUCUAUGUUUAAUAGCUCUUGUUUUAUUCACACAGAUGAUUUUUCUUGUGAUUGGCAUCCUGGUUGUUCUUCCACAUGCUUCAGCAGGAUCCAUCAAAGUGGCAGAAAGUUAUUGGACUCUUAAAGCAAAUGAAUUGGUGGUGGAUGAAGAUAUGGCCAAAUAUGGCAGUAAGGUGCUGGUUCCACUAGUGUGUGGUGAGGCUUUUGAGGGACAGAAGAUCAUAUGGAAGCGAGAGAGCAGAGAGGAGCUCCCACUCCAGGGAAACAGAGUUUUUGUGAUAGUGGAGGAGAGACAGGGAGGCACAUACACCUGUUACAGCACAGAGGGUAACUACCUGAACCAUACUCUGGUAUUGGUGCAGUGGAGAUACAGGAAGAUAAUUAAAGGCACACCUGAGAAAGGUUAUGUCCACUGUUCAACAAACAACUACAGUGGCUCCUUUCGGUGCUUCUGGGCCUGGGAUGAAACAAGAGCUGGAAAAGUUGCAUUUAUUAAAAUAACACGCUCUCACAUUGUGGGAAACAUUAGCUGCAGUCUGGACUCCAGUGCAGGCAGCAUCACAUGCCAAGAUCAUGCAUACUGUCCCUAUGCUGAGGAGAUGGAUCACAUCGAUUUGACCAUUUAUUUCCGAAGCAACUACGUCAUUGAGACCUAUUAUCUGCAGUUUCGAAUCUCAGAUAUAGUGAGGCCAGACAUGGUUCGUAUCAAUAAGAAGAACAAUAUUCUGGAGCUUCAGUACCCAGAGAGCUGGAGCACACCCUUCUCCUACUUUCCGCUUACAUUUCAGGUGAAAGAGAUUCGCUGCCGGAGGAAAAGGAUUUGUAACUGCUCUAACCGCAGAUCAGCAAAGGUUGACCUAACACAAGAGCAGCAGUGGCCACUAAAAAAAGGGGUGACAGUUUGUGUAAGAGCACAGGAUGACCUGGCUAACUCCUCUUGGGGAGAAUGGAGCCAGUACAAAAAAGAGAAACACAAGAGACAAAAUAAGAAAGAUGGCCUGAAGUAA